AUGUCCCGCAAAUCUAGCGAUGACUAUCACUUAAGUAGUAUGAGCAAUCUUAUGGGCGAGAGGAAGAAGCGCGCGUCGGAUGAUGGAGAGCGAAGUCUCAUCAAAGCUCCGUCCAGCGUCAGCAUCAGCAGCAGCAGCAGAGGCCACACGGGCGACGCAUCCUCGGCGAAACCAUCCACCUCGCCUGCGGACCUGGAGCGCGCGGCACGUAAACAGUUCCAGCAGGAUGUCACGCCGGGCUUCGUCUACGUGCUGGCCGUGUUCUCCGCUAUCGGCGGCUUUCUGUUUGGCUAUGACACCGGGGUGGUGUCCGGGGCGAUGCUUCUGCUCAAGAGGGACAUGAAUAUAACUGCAAUGUGGCAGGAGUUGCUGGUGUCCGGGACUGUGGCCGCGGCGGCGGUGUCCGCGCUGUUCGGCGGCUUUCUCAACGGGCUGUUCGGGCGGCGGGUGUGCAUCCUGCUGGCCAGCUUUACUUUUUCCGUCGGGGGGAUAGUGUUGGGAUCUGCACCUAAUAAAGAAGUACUGCUGGUUGGACGUCUCAUAGUGGGAGUUGGGCAGGGUAUUGCCUCCAUGACCGUUCCUGUGUACAUCGCUGAAACCUCGCCACCCCACCUGAGAGGACGACUGGUCACCAUUAACACGCUGUUCAUCACAGCCGGCCAGUUCACAGCCAGCCUUAUUGAUGGUGCAUUCAGCUACAUGAAGCAUGAAGGCUGGAGAUAUAUGUUGGGUCUGGCAGUGGUCCCAGCUCUGCUGCAGUUCCUCGGGUUCCUCUUCCUCCCAGAAAGCCCUCGCUGGCUCAUCCAGAAGGGUCUUACACAGAAGGCCCGACGCGUGCUCAGUCAAAUCCGUGGCAACCAGAACAUUGAUGACGAGUAUGAUACUGUCAAAAGCAGCAUUGAGGAGGAGGAGAAGGACUGCGGAGGAGAGGGCUCGGUGAUCUGGCGCAUGUUGACCUACCCUCCAGCUCGGCGAGCUCUCAUAAUGGGCUGUGGACUCCAGAUGUUCCAGCAACUUUCCGGCAUCAACACAGUCAUGUACUACAGUGCCACCAUUCUGCAGAUGUCAGGAGUGCGAGAUGACAAGUUGGCCAUCUGGCUAGUGACUGUGACAGCAUUCACCAAUUUCCUGUUUACUCUGCUCGGCGUAUGGUUGGUUGAACGGGUGGGCAGACGCAGAUUAAUUUUGGGAAGCAUCUUUGGUACUGUUUUGAGUCUUUGUGUCCUGUCCGUUGGCUUCCUCCUGUCAGCCCAGCAUUCUCCUCCUAUAACAUUACAUCUGAAGGACCCCACAACACCCAACUCCAGCUGCACAACAUAUCUGUCAUGUGAGCCCUGUAUCUUGGACCCAGGCUGUGGUUUCUGUUAUGAGGAGAACAGCACUGCUGUGCUUGCCUCAUCCUGUGUACCAGUCAAUCCAGCCUCCACUGAGAGAGCAGCGUGGGGCAAGUGCUCUAAUUCCUCACAUGUGGCAGACAGCAAUAUAUGGGCUUAUAACUUCUGCCCAACCUCUUACUCAUGGGUUGUGCUCCUUGGACUAGUGCUUUAUCUCGCAUGCUUUGCUCCAGGAAUGGGACCGAUGCCAUGGACAGUUAAUUCUGAAAUCUAUCCUCUUUGGGCCAGAAGCACAGGAAAUGCAUGUUCAGCCGGGGUGAACUGGACCUUCAAUGUGCUGGUUUCUCUGACGUUCCUCCACAUGGCCCAGUACCUCACUUAUUACGGUGCAUUCUUCCUCUACUCCAGUUUAGCCUUGGUUGGUUUCUUUUUCAUUUAUGGCUGUCUUCCUGAGACUAAAGGUCGGCGACUAGAAGAGAUUGAGUCGUUGUUCGAAAACCAGCUCUGUUCGUGCGGUAUCUCAGAUUCUGACGAGGAUCGGCAGGUGGAAUACAUCAGGGUCAAAGGGUCAAACUACCACUUAUCGGACAACGAUGCGUCAGAUGUCGAAUAACUCUUAAGAAUCCUCUGAUUUGGUAAAAGGGGAUGAUGAGGUAUAGAUAAUCAGCCUCGUUUAACCCUGAUGUGAUUGUCAGGACUGCCCGCUGUACUGGUCAGGCUGAGCCUCUCUCAUCCAGAGUGAUUCACCGUGGGGUUGCAAACAACAGGGUUGCAGGGCACACACAAAAGAAAACACACAGUGCCAAGCCAGCUUUUAUAAUAUUGUCUGUAUGUUUUUGUGUUGCAGUACAUGCAGAUCUACUGGCACGUUACAUCACUGUCAGAUAAAUAUCCUUAUAUAUAUGAAAUGUUUGCAGUACAAACAUUUUUUAAUUUAACUGCAGAACGGUGUUUUUGUUUAUAGUAAUAUCAUGUCUACAAAGCGAGCAAUGCAAAUUUAAUAUCUAAAUUUAGCACAUAAACUCCAUAAAUGAGUAAAAUUGCUAAACAGUUGCUUAACACAGUGUUCCCACUCAACACCAGAUUCAAGGAUUUUUAAGCACCUUUCAUUUCAUAUUAAGCAUAUGCAGGAGUGUGUCCACUAGGGCUGCAACUAAUGAUUAUUUUAAUAUACACUACUCUAACAAUUAGUAGAAUGAUUAGUUGCCUAUUUGUGUCAUUGUUGCAAUGAUAAUGAAACCAACAAUUCAGCUUGUGCCUUGAGUUAAGAGGUUUAAAGGUUUAAAGGUGCUGUAAGCUAUUUUUUUCAUGGAAAGGUAUGCUCAAAUUUGUCCUGCUCCCUCAAGGUUAUCACUGAAAUAAGUGUCCUGAGAUAUCUCACCGGUCUCUGUGACUGCUCUAGUCUCUGUCGCUUUCUGCCUGUCAGUCAUUUUGUGCAUUCUCAUAUUGUAGUUGCAGCGAAUUAUUGAGGCUUAAUGCCAUUUCUAUUAUAUGUUGUUCAUAACAGUUGUCAGUUGAAUGCGCUAAUUUGCUGCUGUUGUUUUUGUCAACAUGAUUUGAGGAUGUGUAACAGAGAACAGAGCUGGACACAUCAUUACUUGUGGGGCAGCAGUGCGUGCAGACUAAUUCAUUAAAUCACAGCCCUUGCGGUUUGAUAAUCGCAGUACGUCAAACAGGGGCG